AUGAGCCCCCCGGCGCCGCAGGGCCGCGGGAUGCGCUUCGCCGAGCGGCAGCUGCUGCGGCACGGCUGGCAGCGAGGGCGCGGGCUGGGCAAGCGCGAGGACGGCAUCGCCGAGGCCAUCCGCGUGCGCGUCAAGUGCGACACGGCCGGGCUCGGCCACGACGCCGCCGAGCCCUUCUCCUUCCACUGGUGGGACCACGUCUUCAACGCGUCGGCCGCCAACAUCGCCGUAGAGGCGGCGCAGGGCGACGUCUCGGUGAGGAGGCUGCAGGAGCGGGACGCGGGGCUCAGCACCCGGCGGCCGCGGCGGGCGGGCGCCGGCGCCGGGCUGCUCUACGGCCGCUUCGUGAAGGUGGCCACGCUCACGGCGCGCGGCGAGGAGGCCGCGCCGGCGCCCGUCGCCCCGCAGCGCAGCGACGAGGACGACGAGGAGGAUGACGAGGACAAGCUGGACCUCUCUUCGGCCAGCAGGCUCACGGACGAGGAGCUGAUCCGAGCGUGCGGGGGCCGCACGGCGCACAAGGGCGCCCGGCACGGCCUGACCAUGAGCGCCAAGCUGGCGCGCCUGGAGCAGCAGGAGCGGGAGUUCCUGGCCGCGCACAGAUGA